AUGGCCGAGAUACGGUGGGGCCACGGACUUAGUGUACAUGGCGUGGAUUGUAGUGUACAUGGCGUGGAUGGCAUAGUCUCUAGUCCUAAGACACCAGAUAGCGUUACCAAAACUGCAAAGAAGGAAAAAAAGGCAGCAAAGUCUCCCAAGUAUGAAGAUGGAGUGACUCCAAACAGUGAAUUAUACAAAAUGAUUCUUCUAGCCCUUCAAGGCAAGGCCCCCCUGCAGCAUGAUGGGAACGGGAAGGUCCACAUUGGAAACGGAGUCUGGAUUUCAGAAAAGACCUGGGACGACAAAAUCCGUAAGGCCAAUGUGUCUCCUUCUAUCGCAGUGAGAGAUGUGAUGAGCAAAAUUUACACCCCUACUGAAAUGGCAGAACGGUCUCUUGAGGGUGCCACCCCUGUGAAGCCAUACUCGUCUGGCCAAAAAAUUAAAAAAAAGAAGAUGACACCCCAGAAAACUGAAGCAGUGCUAGGAGUCUACAGAGCCAAGACAGUCGCUGCCUCUGGAAGUGAAGAUCCAUUCUUCUUGGACUUGGCAGUCUCCAAGAAGGGGAAAGAUACUUUUAAGUACAAGUUGAAGGAAGCUGCCUCUGCUCUUAAACCAAAGGAUUGAAUUUCUACCCCACUUUUACUUCUGACUGCGGCUAUGCUUUGUUCCCGGAAUUGAUAUUGGAAUUGGAAUCAGAAUUUUUAAAAAUUAAAGGCCAUUUGCCUUUUU